AUGGCGGCCGCUGCAGGCCCAAUGACGCCGCAGCGUCCACUGCCGGGCGCCUUCACCGUCACGCCUGCAAACCCAGCCCAGGGCUCGACCAUAUUCGCUGCGCAGGCCGCGAGUUUGAAGCAGAAUCUUGCGCCGCAGACGAGCGGGAGUCCAGGUACGGCAAGCAGCUCAAAAGACACAACAGGCGUGGAAGAUGCGGCGAAGACAAUAAACACUGUUCUCCAAUUCGAUGCGAAUUUCCCAGCUAUGGAGGAUUACAUCCAGCAGGGCAUCAGUGGCAAGUAUGAGCUGCCAUCAGCUCAGGCAUGGCAGCCCUUUCAGAAGCUGAAGAUGCAUGAUCUGCCGCCAAAGCUCCUCGAGCAAGCGAACCUGACCGGAAUGGGGAUGGUGAUGGGCAUUUUCCCUCCGCUCAGUCACGCCUGGGUCGCGCUGGACAACUGUCUAUACCUAUGGGACUACACCAUGCCCAAUCCCGAGAUCAUCGGCUUUGAGGAGAACACACAACCGAUCACUGCGGUGAAGUUGGUUCCGCCCAAACCUGGCGUCUUCAUCGAGGACAUCAAGCACAUGAUUGUCAUCUGCACAGCGAACGACAUGCUUUUACUCGGAGUUGCCGCUCAGACGACAUCGACUGGCGCACAAACAGUUGCCCUGUACAACACGCGCAUGUCCAUCCCGAUUAGGGGACUAGGCGUGACCUUGAUCGAGGCCUCCAAGAAAACUGGCCGCAUCUUCUUCACAGGCAGACUCUCAGACGACAUCUACGAGUUCCAGUACCAGCAAGACGAGGGAUGGUUCCGCGGUAAAUGCAAUCGCUUGUGCCACACCAAAAGCACCAUGAACUUUGUUUCAGAAAACAUUCAAGCCGUUGGCCAAUAUUUUGGUCCCCAGCAACGAGCAAAGGCGCUGCGACAGCUUUUGAUUGAUGAUUCAAGAAACAUGCUGUACUCUCUGAGCUCUUCAAACGAGAUAAAGGUCUGGCUCAUCAAAGAGCGGCUUGAAUCUUCCCUCGUACGGCCAAUGCACGCUCUGCUACAAAACACUGGUCACUUCAGCAGCAGAACCGAACUCCUGACCGGUAGGGACGUGGCGUUGGCCGCGAUCAGUGCAAUCCCUUUGGCAGAAGCGAGCAAGGUGUCUUUGAUGGCCACCACCAACACUGGAUGCCGGCUUUACAUAUCUCUGACGCGUGGCUACGGCUUCCCAGCAGAUUCGCAAAAUCCACCAUCAAGCAUGCAGAUUCUACACAUUCGAUUCCCACCGAAAGACCCGAACGCUCCAGCACCUGCUCCUCAACAAACCACGAGUAGCUUGACGUCGUACGGCCAAGCCUCAAACGAGCCAGCAGUCGACAACACGUCAACGUACUUGAAGCCUACUAAUAUGGCCUACCGCUUUUCACCCGGGUACUUCAUGGCCUUUCAACCGGAUCCAGCCGACCCUCACAAAGACAGAAUGUUCUGUGCUGCCCCAGAUACUGCACGCUUGGCCAACCGAUCAGAGUCGGCGCCAGGCACAAACUUCACGGAAUAUGGGCAAUGGAUAGAUCUGCCCGCAGAGAUGCAGCAGGUAAUGGCAAUGUCUGGCGACUUUGGUGCAGCAGGCCAGCCGACUGGCUUUGGCAACGAGCUUGCCGUGCAGUUUGACGCAUCGUCCCCCGAGUUCGCCAUUGUCACGACAAGCGGCGUUCAGACCAUCCGUCGAAGAAGACUAGUGGACAUCUUUGCUGCGUUGAUGAAGUACGGAUCUUCACAUGCUGAUGGUGUUGAGGGUGAUAUUAAGCACUUUGUCCGUACGUACGGCCGCGCAGAAACAGCGGCUACCUCACUUGCCGUUGCUUGCGGCCAGGGUACAGACGUUGCAGAGAACCGAGUAGCGACAGUCACCGACCCUGAAGUGCUGGAAAAGGCACGAAGAGCUUUCAUCGAACAUGGUGGCAAGCCAGAGUGGAGCAUCAACAAUGAAGAAGUGCCAAACGGUGGUGCUGUCGACAACACUAAGCCAAGCCCCCGGUACGACGGAACUGCGCUUUACGUUUCACGCAUUGUCCGCUCCAUCUGGAAACAGACCAUCAUCAAAGAUCUUGCAAAGCCUGGUGCGGGAGCGAAACUGGCUCCUACUAUCCGACUCGACAAGCUGCGCUCCAUCCAGCGAGAUCUCUCCGCCUUGAAGGAGUUCCUCGACCGCAACCGGAGCUUCAUCGAGGGUCUAGCUGGACCACAAGCUCUCAGCAAGGCGACUACACGACAAGAGGAGUUGGCGAUUCAGGGUGAACAUCAAAAGAUGCACGCUUUGUUGCAACUCAUCAACAGCAUCAGCGAGGGCAUCAGCUUUGUCCUCGUACUCUUCGAUGAGACAAUCGAAGAUGUUCUGGCCCUUCUGCAUGAAGACAGCAGAAAUAGGACCAAGCAACUCACCUUCGAAGGCUUAUUCGUCUCGACUUCUGGGCGUGAACUGGCCAAAGAGCUUGUAAAGGCCAUCGUCAACCGCAAUAUCGCCAACGGUAGCAACGUCGACACUGUUGCGGAGGCGCUGCGUCGAAGAUGUGGCAGCUUUUGCAGUGCAGAUGACGUGGUCAUUUUCAAGGCAUCGGAGCAAAUCAGGCGGGCUGAGGACAGCCAAGGAAGGACAGAGGGCGCACGCAUGCUGCUCAAUGAAAGCUCCAAGCUGUUCCAGCGCGUCGCAGGCAGUUUGACUUAUGAGAACGUCAAGUCCGCUGUUGAGAGUUACUACAGGAUGGCAUUCUAUGCGGGAGCAAUUCAACUCUGCCUGACCGUUGCGCAUGAGAAGGAUACGUCAAAGAGAGCUCUGUCCUGGACAAGGGAUGGUAGACCGGCGAACGACGCGCGAGAAGCUGCGUUCAAUGAGCGAAAGCAGUACUAUGACCUCAUUUUUGCAACCCUCAAGCAACUCGACAACGACACCGAGUCAGUGCCCCAAGUUGAGGACGGCAAGUACACGCUGGCUUUGCGGCGACGAAACGAGGCCUACGAUAUCGUCAACCACUCAGACGACAUUGCAUUCUUGGCGACACUGUACGAUUGGUAUUGCAACGACUUGCAGGAGCCAGAGCGCCUGCUCGAGAUCGACAACCCGUACGUGAUCGAAUACCUCAAGCAGAUGAGUGUACCCAGUCGACCUCAUGCCGAUUUGCUCUGGAGGUACUAUGCGCACCACAACGACUACCUACAGGCGGCGAGCAUCCAGGUCCAAAUCGCACAAUCGCACUUCGAAGGCCUGAAGCUCGAAGAGCGGAUUGGCUACCUCUCACGAGCACGUACUAACGCCAGCACGAGACAAACCGUCCUCACCGAUAACCGGCAGAGCAAGCAAAAGCUCUUGCGCGAGGUGUCAGACCUCAUCGACAUCGCAGCCGUUCAGGACGAGCUGCUCCAGCGCUUCCGCAACGAGAGUCGUCUGCCCGCCGAAAAGCGAAACGAACUUGUGGAGAAGUUGAGUUACGUUGUCCUGCCGGUGAACCAGCUUUACAACGAAUUCGCCGACGCUGCUGGCUACCACGACAUCUGCAUCCUCAUCUACCAAGUCGCCAACCACAGCAACCCCGCCGACAUUGCGACGUCGUGGAAGCAUCUCAUCGACCAAACCCACGAGGAGUCCUAUGCUCUGUAUGGUCGUGCUCGCCGACCAUGGGAAGCCGUGGGAGAAAAGGUCCUCACUCUAGGCCGUCGUCUCCACACCUCAGCAGCUUUCUUCCCGAUCCACAUCCUCUUGCCCCUCCUUGAGAAAUACACCAUGCAACCACAAGAAGAGCACCCACCGUCAAGCUGGGCAAUAGACAUCAUGCUCGACCUCGAGAUCCCCCACGAGACGCUCCUACCGGUCCUCGAGCAGCUGUACUACAGCAACGAGCAUCCCUUCGUCGGUGGGAGGCGCAAGAUUGUUGCCGGCAAGAUGGUCUACCUCCUCCUGAAGUGGUUCGAAGCCAGCGUGCGCUCUGGCGAGAGAGUGCUCUUCGGCAGCGAGGAGAACGCCAGCACGGUGCAGGACUGUCUUGCCAGUCUUUUGAGAGGUGAUCUGGACGUGCAGUGGAGACAGAACGCGGAGAACUUGGCUGCGCGGAUUACGCAGGCGACGAGAUGA